ACCUGUCAAAAGUUAAUCAUAUGUUGUUGUUGAUAUACGUAAACAUUCAUUAAUUUCUGCAAUAAUUAAUUAAUUCGCAAGUCCAAUCUCAAGAUGUUGUCCUCUAUGGUCAAGGAGCACCAUCAGAAGCAGGUUGUCCGUAAGGAAUUGCAAGAAUCGAAAAGAAAAGAUGCCUGCGCCGCUGCCAGCGACCUGACCCAAGCCUUGGUGAACCACUUGAACGUUGGGGUGGCCCAGGCCUACUUGAACCAAAAAAGAUUGGACGCAGAGGCGAAGCAGCUGCACACGAGCGCAACGAACUUCUCCAAGCAGACGCAGCAGUGGUUGACUCUGGUGGAGACGUUCAGCAGCGCCCUCAAGGAGAUCGGAGACGUGGAGAAUUGGGCGAAAACAAUCGAGGGAGACGUGCGGACCAUCUCCAUGGCGCUCGAGAGCGUCUACAAAACGUCGCAGGAGAACGCUCAAUCCCAAUAGGAUGUUGCUUAGCAACGAUCAAACAAACAAACAAAGAAAAGACACACUCAGACACAUUCUUUUAUUAUUAUAUUGAGCUCAAGAUAUUGAACUGAAGAGUUAUCUAAAUGUAAGAAUAUUGUCUGAAAGUGAACAAAGCAUUUAUUGGAUCGUUAAUCUUUUAUUAGAUUAAAGUAAGCAGCAUUAACAUUGCAGAUAUUCUUGGGUGGUGAAUAACGAUCAUACUUUAAUUCCGAUCAGUUCAUUAACAUUUAAGAAGACUAUUUCCAAUUGAAAAUGCUUGUUUUUCUUUUCGUUGUUCAAGUAAUUUCCGUAUGUCUAUUGUUAGCUGUAAAUUGUGAACUUUCAAAUCAGUUUUAGGUGUAUUAAGAGAAUAUAAGAAGACAAAAGAAAUUGUUGAUUAUUGACGAGAUCCAAGUGGCCGAUGUUCCUCAAACAAAAAC